CAUCGCUACCAACCGGCACUUCCGCGUUGCAUUCCGUGUUCACUCGCGAUUGGCAGCCCAAAGAGUGGCGAAACGAGCAAUGGACGACCCUCAUAGUUGAGUUGACAUGUUGGUUGUGUUCAUUGGAGCUUGAGCAACUUUGCGGAGGUCGUCCAUGUGUUCGGAGGUGAGAGCCGGCUACUGAGGCGCACGGUCAAAGGCUGGCUAGCUAGCCUGUGCUAGCUGCUACAAAGAUGGACUUUGUGUGGGAAAUGAUGCCAGCUUUGGUCGCACUGGCUCUUCUGGCUCUCAUCGCGGUGACCGUCACAGCGCACGUCACAGCCGGGACGGUCGACCUGACGCGUCACAGCCAGGAGAAAUGCUUCCUCAGCGCCACGGGAGCCAAAGAGUUUUUCCCCAGUCUGCACGAGCCGUCCUCCGUGGAACUCUCCGUGGUCAUCCCGGCGUACAACGAGGAGCUCCGCAUGCCCGUGAUGUUGGAGGAGGCCACAGAGUAUUUGGAAGACAGGCAGAGAAAACAAGCUGUUUUCACCUAUGAGAUCAUCGUGGUGGACGAUGGCAGCAAAGACAAAACCACAGAAGUGGCGUCACGCUACACCAAGAAAUACGGCGCUGACAAAGUCCGCGUUCUGACGCUGGUGAAGAACCGAGGAAAAGGCGGCGCCGUGCGGAUGGGAACUCUGAGCUGCAGGGGGCGCCUCAUUCUGAUGGCGGACGCGGACGGAGCGACAAAGUUCUCAGAUGUUGAGAAGUUGGAGGCGGGGCUUAAGGAGAUUAGUCCUAAAGCGGACAACAUGGCCAUUUCCUGCGGCUCCAGAGCUCACCUGGAGCAGGAGGCCGUCGCCCAGCGCUCCGUGUUCCGCACCUUCCUGAUGUACGGCUUCCACUUCCUGGUGUGGUUCUUCUGCGUGCGCGGCAUACGCGACACGCAGUGCGGCUUCAAGCUGUUCACGCGCCAGGCGGCGCUCAGGACCUUCUCCUCGCUGCACGUGGAGCGCUGGGCUUUCGACGUGGAGCUGCUGUACAUCGCUCAGCGCUUCCACAUCCCCCUCGCUGAGGUGGCCGUCAACUGGACCGAGGUGGAAGGAUCCAAGCUGGUCCCGUUUUGGAGCUGGCUCCAGAUGGGCCGCGACCUGGUCUUCAUCCGCCUGCGCUACCUGACGGGAGCCUGGACGCUCGGCUCGCCGCUCAAGGCUGAGUAGUCGCUCCACAGGGGGGCGCUGCUACACACUUUGCUUACUUUACCCUUAAAGUUUGUUACUUAAAAAGAUUAAAUUGACCAAACAGCAAACAUGUUUGCUAAUAUUUCGAUCAAAAACAACAUAAUAUUGAUAAUAAAAACAAAAAACUGCU